AUGUCUCUGUCAUCCAAGUUGUGUCGAGUAUCCGUCAAGUCUCUUAAUGAGAGUUUUUCUACGGAUUUGGUUUGCUAUGUUCUGCCUGCUAUUACAGAUAAUGUACCUGGUCGUGAGAUAGAUAUUUCUAGUCUGAGGAUUCCAAGUGAUAUCUUGCUAGCAGAUCCCCACUUUUAUAAACCUGCGGGUGUGGACCUUUGUAUAGGUUCCGAUGUUUUUUGGGAUUUGUUAGGUUCAAGAAGUUAUAGGCAAGGUUAUGAUAAACCUGUUCUUUGGGAAUCCAGAUUAGGCUGGUUAGUUGGUGGACGACUUGUAAAUAGGCAUAACUCAAAUAAUCGAUUUAACAAGGUAUGUUGCUUAUCUACAGAUGUUUCCGGGAUGUCAACUUCUCUCAAUGAUGACAUCAAUGCAGCUUUGUGUCGGUUUUGGCAACUUGAGGAAGUUAGCUGUCAGUCAUCAUAUUCUGCGGAAGAGAGAGUGGCCGAGGAACACUUUGUGAAGAAUAUGUCGCGUUUAAAAGAUGUUCGGUUUUGCGUCAGAAUUCCUUUGAAAAAAUCACGUGACAUGCUUGGUGACUCUUUCGAACGCGCCAAACGUUCUCUCUUUGCUAUUGAGCGAAAGUUUAGAGGUCAACCAUUGUUUAAGCAACGUUAUAUCGAUUUCAUGUCUGAGUACCUUUCGCUUGGUCACAUGACAGAAUGUGACUUUAGCCAGGCUCAGUCGGGGAACUUUAUACCCCACCAUGGUGUUAUGCGUGAAACUAGUUGCACAACUAAGUUAAGGGUUGUUUUCAAUGCCAGCAGCCCCACGACGUCCGGCGUGUCCCUGAAUGAUCUUCAAAUGGUGGGACCGACGGUUCAGGAUGACCUUUUGUCAAUUUUGUUGAGAUUUCGAACUCAUAAAAUUGUAUUAGCAGCAGAUGUUGAGAAAAUGUACCGGCAAAUUGUUGUACACCCAGAGGAUAGAAACCUGCAGUUGAUUGUGUGGCGGAGGAGUUCCUCUGAGCCUAUUAAGACGUACCAGUUGAACACGGUCACAUAUGGAACAGCCAGUGCGCCAUUUCUGGCGACUAGGUGUCUCAAGCAAAUUGGUCUGGAAUGCAAUGAUGCUGAGGCAAGAGAGAUUAUUCUCCACGACUUUUAUGUAGAUGACCUUCUAACUGGUGCGAACUCAUUAGAAGAAGUUAUAGAAAUACGAAAAAAGGUUUCUGAAGCCCUUUCUUUGGCUGGAAUGCCUUUACGAAAAUGGAAGUCAAAUGACUCUCGUGUUGUUUCAUCCCAAAAUGAAGAACCACCAGUUUGUCUGAACAUGGGAGACUCAGAAGUCAGCAAGACGUUAGGUCUCAAUUGGCAGGCUAGGUCUGAUGAUCUUCGUUUCUCAAUCGAUUCUGCACCGUCAAAUGUGCUUACAAAACGGGGAUUGCUUUCAGUCAUCGCACAGAUAUUUGAUCCUUUAGGGCUUUUGUCUCCAUGUGUUAUUACCAUGAAAAUGUUGUUGCAAAAACUGUGGUUGCAUAAGCUUGCUUGGGAUGAUCAGUUGCCAUUAGAUAUUGCUAAGACAUGGUGUGAGAUUCUUGAAACCUUACCAGUGCUAAACACUUUAAGGAUCCCUCGUCUCAUUCUUUGCCAUUCAUAUACGAGUGUAGAUCUGCAUAUAUUUUCGGAUGCCUCAGAAGGUGCUUAUGGUGCUUGCUUAUACGUGAGAAGUAUCGACGCGGAGAAUAAUACCUGUGUUCGUUUGUUAGCAGCGAAGAGCAAAGUCGCUCCAUUGAAGCCGAAAACCAUACCACAACUUGAGCUCUGUGGCGCUUUAGUGGGAGUGCGGCUCUAUGAAAAGGUGAAAUCGUCUCUGAGAGUUAAGAUAAGGCAUUCAACAUUCUGGACAGAUUCCACAAUUGUUUUAGGCUGGCUUAAAAUGCUGCCCAGCAGACUUACCACCUUUGUUCGCAAUCGCGUGGGCGAGAUUUUGGAAAGGACUCAAGACUGCUCAUGGAGGCAUGUUCCGACAGACAAGAAUCCAGCAGAUCAUUUGUCGCGUGGUGUCAAAAAUACAUCCAUUCCCUCGCUUGAUUUAUGGUGGUCAGGUCCAAGUUUCUUGAGACAGGAUAUGUCACAAUGGCCUUCACAAAUUGUAACAGUCGAAUCUUUGCCGGAAGUGCGAUCCGAAAUAUCAUUGCUUUCAACUGUAAAUGUGAAAGGUGACACGGAUUUUAUACGUUUCGAUCGCUUUUCGAAUUUUCUUAGAUUGCAACGUUGUAUGGUGUACGUGAUACGAUUCAUUAAGGCUUGUAAAAGGCAAGCAAGUAAUGAUUUUAUUUCAGAGGAUGAACUCCAAAAUGCCUUGAAUGUGAUGAUUAGGAUAUCUCAAAAGGAAUCAUUUUCAGAAUAUGACCUAUUGAUGCGAAAGCAAAAACUACCUUCUAAGAGUCAGCUUCUGAAGCUUAACGUUUUUAUGGACGAUCAAAACAUAAUGCGUGUUGGCGGUCGGUUAGAAAAUUCUUCAUUUGCUUACGAAAAGAAACAUCCUAUUUUACUACAGUCCACACAUAAAUUUACAAAACUUUUGUUUGAUUUUGAGCAUAAAAAAUUAAUGCAUGCCGGGCCGCAGUUACUUUUAGCGUCUAUUCGAGAGAAUUAUUGGCCAAUUGGGGGACGUAAUUUAGCUAGGUUGUGCUACCAUCAGUGCAUACUGUGUAAACGCAUGCAAGGCAAAGUGAUUGCGCCUCUUAUGGGUAACUUACCAUCAUCGCGGUUGCUUCCUGGGGGUUAUCCGUUCGAGUGUACAGGGGUAGAUUAUGCGGGUCCUAUUAUGUGCGCUAAUCGUCAAGGUAGAGGAUGUCGCCUCGUUAAAGUGUACAUUGCUAUUUUCGUUUGUUUUACAACCAAAGCACUUCACGUGGAGCUGGUAGGUGACUUAUCGAGUGCUAACUUUUUGUCCGCGCUGCGCAGAUUUAUUUCUCGCAGGGGAAAACCAAAGCACAUCUACUCUGACAACGGCACCUCGUUUGUUGGCGCCUAUAAAGAAAUAGGCAAAUUUUUAAAGGACAGCUGCAUUUCGGUAUCCGAAUCCGUUGCCAAUGAAGGUAUUGCAUUUCACUUCAUACCUCCUUAUUCUCCUCAUUUUGGCGGUCUUUGGGAAGCAGGAGUAAAGUCUGUUAAGUAUCAUUUGCGCCGCGUCUUAGGUAAUAGUAAUUUUACGUAUGAACAGUUAAAUACAGUGUUAGUGCAAAUUGAAGGCUUAUUAAAUUCGCGUCCUCUUACGCCGCUAUCGUCUGAUCCCAACGACUUGCAACCCUUGACACCGGCACACUUUCUCAUUGGGCGACCACUCACUGCUCUUCCUGUACCCAAUUAUGAAAAUCAACCAGUGAAUCGUUUAAAUAGAUAUCAACGUAUUGAACAAGUACGCCAGCAUUUCUGGACCAGAUGGAGUAAAGAAUACAUUAGUGAGCUGCAACACAGAUCGAAAUGGCAAGUACCUACCUCUUCACUAAACGUAGGUGAUCUUGUUGCUAUCAAAGAAGAUGGACUUCCGCCAUUGAAAUGGAAAUUAGGAAGAGUUGUAGCUGUGUAUCCAGGUUCUGAUGGAAUAGCUCGCGUGGCGGAUAUCAGGACAGCCAGUGGAGUGGUCAGCAGAUCGUUUAGUAAAAUUUGCCCACUUCGAGAAGAAUCUUCUGGUUGA